AGCAGCAGCAGCGGUAGCGGCCUCUGUUUUAUGUGCGCGCUCGUAGACUCUCCACAUGUCCGUCCCGCUUUAUCUAGCCAUCGCCAGCCACCCUCUCGCCUCCCUCAUCUCCCAUUCCUCCUCCUCCCGUUCAUACUGUUACUCGCCUCCUCUCUCAGCUCAUGCUGCUGGCUAGCUGGUCGCCGCCGCGCGUGCUUGGUGCGGCGGAAGCGGCAGUAGCAGCAGCUUCUUGGUUUUAGGUAGGGAUCGGCGGCGGCGGUCGGCCAUCGCCGGCGGCAGCGGAGCUUGGUGUGCGUUAUAAUUGUAGGGUUCGGGGUUGGGAGGAGCUGUUCUGUCCGGCUCCGGCGUGGCCGGCUUCGCUUUCCAUGUUCGCGGUGUGGGGGCGGUGUAAUUCGCUUCCAUAUUUGCUGCCGCUAUGCCUUGUAUAGCUCCGUUGCUGCGGCGCUGCUAUUUUAAUGCACGCCCAAUCCUCUCUAUCCGGCUCAUAAAAAUUAUUAAAUUGUUGGGAUCUGAGGGGAUCCGCUGGAGUUGGUAGGAUCGGUCACGGGGAGUGAUUUUGGCCGGAGGAAGAGGGAAAAGAUUGUUGUUUGUUUGUCAUUUGUAGUGGGCUCUUGAUGAGCUUCGGUGGCAUGUUCGAUGGCGCCGGCUCCGGCGUCUUCUCCUACGACGCCGGCGGCGGCGGAGGAGGAGGAGGAGGAGGAGGAGUUCACAACUCUCGCCUCCUCCCCGCGCCGCCUGUCCCCAAACCCGGCGGUGGCUACGCCGCUCCCGGCCUCUCUCUCGGCCUGCAAACCAACAUGGACGGCGGCCACCUCGGCGACAUGAACCGGUCCCUCGCCAUGAUGGGUAACGGCGGCAGCGGCAGCGGCGGCGACGGUGACUCGCUGGGCCGCGGCCGGGAGGACGAGAACGACAGCCGCUCCGGCAGCGACAACUUGGACGGCGCCUCCGGCGACGACCUCGACCCGGACAACAGCAACCCACGCAAGAAGAAGAAGCGUUAUCACCGCCACACCCCGCAGCAAAUCCAAGAACUCGAAGCUGUGUUCAAGGAGUGCCCCCACCCCGACGAGAAGCAAAGGAUGGAGCUCAGCCGGCGGCUCAACCUCGAGAGCCGGCAGGUCAAGUUCUGGUUCCAGAAUCGCCGCACCCAGAUGAAGACGCAGAUCGAGCGGCACGAGAACGCGCUGCUGCGGCAGGAGAACGACAAGCUGAGGGCGGAGAACAUGACGAUCCGCGAGGCGAUGCGGAACCCCAUGUGCGCCAGCUGCGGCGGCGCGGCGGUGCUCGGCGAGGUGUCGCUGGAGGAGCAGCACCUGCGCAUCGAGAACGCACGGCUGAAGGACGAGCUCGACCGCGUCUGCGCGCUCGCAGGCAAGUUCCUCGGCCGGCCAAUCUCGAGCAUCUCCUCGCCCAGUCCGCCGUCGCUGCAGGCGUGCUCCGGCCUCGAGCUCGGCGUCGGAAGCAAUGGGUUCGGGCUCGGCGCCCUCGGGGCCUCGGGGUUGCAGUCCAUCCCCGACCUGAUGGGUGGCUCCGCCGGCCUGCCCGUGGGCUCUGCUGCCAUGCGCCUCCCCGCGGGCAUUGGCGGCCUCGACGGCGCCAUGCACGCCGCGGCGGCCGACGGCGGCGCCAUCGACCGCGCCGUGCUCCUCGAGCUCGCCCUCGCGGCCAUGGACGAGCUCGUCAAGGUUGCGCAGAUGGACGAGCCGCUCUGGCUCCCCAGCCUCGACGGCGGGUUCGAGGCGCUAAACUACGACGAGUACCACCGCGCGUUCGCCAGGGUGCUCGGCCAGAGCCCCGGCAGCUACGUCUCCGAGGCCACCCGCGAGUCCGGCAUCGCCAUCAUCAGCAGCGUCGACCUCGUCGACAGCCUCAUGGACGCGCCUCGCUGGUCGGAGAUGUUCCCGUGCAUCGUGGCGAGGGCGAGCACGACGGACAUCAUCUCCAGCGGCAUGGGCGGCACGCGCAGCGGGUCAAUUCAACUGAUGCACGCGGAGCUGCAGGUGCUGUCGCCGCUGGUGCCGAUCCGGGAGGUGGUCUUCCUCCGUUUCUGCAAGCAGCACGCCGAGGGCCUCUGGGCCGUCGUCGACGUGUCGGUCGACGCCGUCCUCCGCCCCGACCAGAACGGCGGCGGCGGCGGCGGCGUUUCCUCCUCGUCGUCGUACAUGGGCUGCCGCCUCCUCCCCACCGGCUGCAUCGUGCAGGACAUGAACAAUGGCUACUCCAAGGUCACGUGGGUGGUUCACGCGGCGUACGACGAGACGGCGGUGCACCAGCUCUACCGGCCGCUGCUCCGCUCCGGCCAGGCCCUCGGCGCCCGCCGCUGGCUCGCCUCGCUCCAGCGCCAGUGCCAGUACCUGGCCAUCCUCUGUUCCAACUCCCUCCCCGCCCGCGACCACGCCGCGAUAACGCCGGUGGGGAGGAGGAGCAUGCUGAAGUUGGCGCAGCGGAUGACGGACAACUUCUGCGCCGGGGUGUGCGCGUCGGCGGCGCAGAAGUGGCGGCGCCUGGACGAGUGGCGCGGCGGCGAGGGGGGCGGCGGCGCCGGCGACGGGGAGGACAAGGUGCGCAUGAUGGCGCGGCACAGCGUGGGCGCGCCCGGGGAGCCCCCCGGCGUCGUGCUGAGCGCCACCACGUCGGUGCGCCUCCCCGGCACGCUCCCGCAGCGCGUGUUCGACUACCUCCGCGACGAGCAGCGGCGCGGCGACUGGGACAUCCUGGCCAACGGCGAGGCCAUGCAGGAGAUGGACCACAUCGCCAAGGGCCAGCAUCACGGCAAUGCCGUCUCCCUCCUCCGUCCAAAUGCUACGAGCGGGAACCAGAACAACAUGCUGAUCCUCCAGGAGACGUGCACCGAUUCAUCGGGCUCCCUCGUCGUCUACGCACCGGUGGACGUGCAAUCCAUGCACGUCGUCAUGAACGGCGGCGACUCCGCCUACGUCUCCCUCCUGCCGUCCGGCUUCGCCAUCCUCCCGGACGGCCACAACAGCGCCUCGCCGUCCCCGGUCGAUGUCGGCAGCGCCUCGCCGAGCUCCACCGCGGGCGCCGGAGCCACCGGCGGCGGCAGCAACAACACCGGCUCGCUGGUGACGGUGGCGUUCCAGAUCCUCGUCAACAAUCUGCCCACCGCGAAGCUCACCGUCGAGUCGGUCGACACCGUCAGCAACCUCCUCUCUUGCACCAUCCAGAAGAUCAAGUCCGCUCUGCAGGCCAACAUCAUCUCGCCAUAGAUAGUGGACAUUUGACGUGGAUUCCGAGUCGACCCGUCACAAAAGGGUCGAUUCGGAUGCCACCUCAAAUGUCUAACUUGAGAGGCUAGAUAUCAGGAAAUUUUUCGUGGUGCAUGCGGCAGCGGAAACAUAGAAACUGGUUGGUGCAGACAACUCAAUCAUCGGAGGUAGGCGUUUGCGAGGUGACGGGAUGCGAGCGAGGAUUAAAAAAUAAAAUUAAGUUAUAUAUAUAGUGUGUGGAGUAUAUUUGCAUAGAUGAGCAAAUGGGGUGAGUUGCAGAGGGAUCAAGUCAAGAACGAACCUUGCGCUAGGCUUGGCUGAGCAAGAACAUCUUCUGCUGCUAAGCUGAUGUGGUGGUUCGGGUAUUGACUUAGUCUCUGGUAAAAGGAAACCCCUAGGGCUUUGAUCUCCUAUAUAUCUAGCAGUUUGCUUUAACCAUUUUGUGAAGGUUUUUUAAUUCUCCAAAAUGGGGGAAAUAUAGAGAAACAAUACUGAUCAGAACCCCAAGAUCGUUGGUGUUUGUCUAGUUUGCAUAAUUAUGGAAUGAGUUAAUUGAUCUAUAAACAUGUUGUGUUCUGAAGUGACAAUCCUAUAAACGGUUUUUUUUGUAACAUAUGUCUAAUCAUAAUGCUCUGGAUGGGAUUAAUUUAGAAUAUCAGCAAAAGCU